GGAAAAUAUUAUUAAAAGGAGUUUUAAGAUCAUUUAUUUUUUAAAUUUAAUAUCUGUUAUUAGAUAUGAACUGUCACUUUCUAGUGUCAAAAACUGCAUCGACUCUCAACAAAGGAGAAGUAAUUUCCUAAGAUUCAAGUUUAAUAAUUCAAAAUUUAGUUUCUGAUAAUACAAGACUGUUCAUGUUUCAUGAAACAUUUUUAGUGAUUGAAUCAGUGUUCGCUAAUGGCCGACUGUUUAGGUGAUUUGCAAGUUUAUAUGGUUUCGUGCGUUUAAAAAUAAUUGAUAAUACCUACGAAUGUGUCAUGAUAUAUAAUAUGAUAAUUAGUUUAUUGUAACCUUGAAUCCAGUCACAUCUAGCUAUGAAAUUGUUGAAAUUAUCUCCCUAAAUUAUGCCCCUAAUCAGCGAUCCAUCGUUCUAGUAUCGAUUGAAUUUAUGAUUAAUAAAUACGCCGCCAUGGAAGAAUGGUGUAUUCGUUCCUUUACUAAUGAAAUCUCCCAUUUUAAGCAAUGGAUAGCUUAAAUAUUCAUUCUAAGAGCCGAAGUCCUUCUCCAAGCAGAUUUUCAGGUUCAACCCCUAAAUCUGGUAAUGCAGGGUCAUUGCGAGAGCCAAGAAUGAGUAGAUGUAAAUCUCCCGUGAGUAGCAGACAUGAGCGCUGUAGUUCCAUUGAUACUGCUAUUCAAAGAACUGAAAAUUUUGGCAAUCAUGGCUUUGGAGAAGAAACACUUUUAAAUACAACACAAGAAGAUGAUAUGGAUGGGAGUGUCUUAAAUGGUUCCAUGGAUUUGGGAGAUGAUGGAGAUGGAAGUAAAACACGGGCAGCCAUUGAACACAUGUACACGAAAAUAGCUCGGACAAAGGAUCUUAUUAAAGGAGAACAGACAGCUAGAGAUGACAAUGUAAAUGAAUAUCUCAAAUUGGCAUCCAAUGCAGACAAGACCCAAGUUCAGCGUAUUAAAGCAGUUUUUGAAAAAAAGAAUCAAAAGUCAGCUCAGUGUAUCCAACAACUUCAAAAGAAGCUAGAAAGUUACAAUAAGAAAUUAAAGGAACUCGAAACGAAAGGAGUGCAAGCUCACCACCACCGCCAACCAAGAGAAGUCCUGCGGGACAUGGGCCAAGGAUUGAAACACGUGGGUGGUAAUAUUCGAGAUGGUAUAACUGGUUUGUCUGGAUCAGUGAUGUCAAAACCACGUGAGUUUGCUCAUUUGAUUCGGAAUAAAUUUGGAAGUGCUGACAAUAUUAAUUCUUUGUCACGAAAUGGUGAAUCUGAUUCGUUAGAAGAAGAGAAGACACAUCAUGGAAGUGCAACGCUUCCUGGUGGUUGUAGUCUUAACUCUGGUCUCAAAUUCACAUCAGAGAAAGGAAAUACUAACAAGGCUUAUGAUUUCAUUGACCGUCAGAAGUUAUAUAAUAUUCUGAUUGAGCAGAGGAUACCAAGAAAGGUAGUAAAAGUGGAAGGGUCCGAGUGCAGUUCCGUUACUAGUGAAAGUAUGCCUGGAGGUGCCCAAACAACAUCUCCACCAUCUUCUACAACUCAUCCUCAAAAUGUCGCCAACAUACCGAACGUCGAAAUGUUAUACGCCGAACUACGUGUCAGAAAACAUGAAUCUGAAAGGAUGAGAGAACAGCUCGAAUCUAUAAAGAAAAUGAUGGAAAAAGAAGUGAACGACCUCACUCAAGCAUUGACUGAAGAAAGAUUUAGGUGUGAAAGGCUUGAAGAACAAGUCAAUGACCUGACGGAACUGCAUCAGAAUGAAGUCGAAAACUUAAAAACGGCCAUUUCUGAUAUGGAGGAAAAAGUUCAAUACCAGAGCGAGGAGAGGUUGAGAGAUAUCCAUGACAUGUUAGAAUCUUGCCAGACAAAGAUUUCCAAAAUGGAACAUCAGCAAGCUCAGCAUCAACAGUACCUUACACUUGAGGGAAUCGACAAUUCCUACGCCAGAGCAUUUUUAGUGAAAUUAAUCAACGUUGUUCUUACAGUACUUCAGGUUAUUCUGCUAGUGGUUGCUACAGCUGCAGGAAUUAUAAUGCCAUUUUUACGAACUAGGUUACAUAUACUUACUACUGCAAUUCUGGUAGUCGCAUUUGUAAUCGUCAUGAAGCAGUGGCAUGAAUUAACAGAACUAUCGACACAAUUAACAUCCCGGUUCAGAAUAUUUUCCCAAGGAUGAAUAUAAAGCAGUCUUGAGGAUAAGCAUUCGGCUUGAUUUUCUGUUGAUCUCAAAAGGAGGCUCUCUCUUCCUCGCUCAAGUGCCCUUUGACCUGUGCAAUAUAUAUAUGUGUAUAUAUAUCACAUAUUUAAUAUAUGUAUAUAUAUAUACAGUCUUAUAUACACAUAUUCAUAUACAUACUAACCAUAUGAUGUCUAAAUACUGAAGCAUAAUAACGUAUGCAUCUGGCCCAAUUUAUGUGAUACUAUUUCUAGCACUAAUUCAUUUGAUGUAUGCUUGUUUAAAAUCUUAUUACAUGACACAAUUGAAAAAAAAAAAUUAACUGCUAUGUACUUUUGGCUUGUCCUUAAAAAACAGAUCCAGUAUGAGUGUGCGCGCGCGUAAGUUCCAUUUUUUUUUAUAUGUGUGUUUCAUUUCUUUGUAAUCCUAUUCCACUCUGCCUUAAGGCAUUUUAAAUUGUUAUUUGUUGAGCCUUUAUUGUGAUUAUUGUAAAUCUGUACAUAGCUAAGAUAGUAGUAGAUAAAUUGACCACUUGGUUAUAGCUUUGAUUAUAUCGAACGAAUUUACUUCCUUUGUGUGUUAUAACUAUUCACAGAGGUUUAAAUUUAAUAAUCAUAUCACAUUAUUUCUCUGACGUAUUUUUUAUGUAUUUUAAUCAUACAAUAUGAAUUUUUUUUUCACUUAUUUUUGAAAGAUUACAUUCCACAUUAUAUUUUAAAUUAUUUUCUGGAUAUUUCUUAUUGUUUUUAAAACUUGUAUAUCUAGAAUUUUUUUUUAAGUUAUUAAUCUUGAUAAUGUUUUGUGUUUUUUAAAUUAUUUAUUUUUAUGCUAUUUUCUGUUUCAAGAUUAUUUGAUAAUCUUAUAAAAAAAAUACAUAUAUCCUGAUAUUUUAUGAAAAUCCUAUCAAAAGUAAAGAGAGCUAUUUAAAUUAAGACAAUUAAGUAUUAAUGUAAUAUAAAUAUAUUUAUAUAUGUAAAGGUAUAUUUUGCACACUGUGUAUGCAAUUAUUUAAAUUAAUCUGUUUAAAGUCCCUUGCAAAAAUGAAAUAGAACAUUAUAAUUUUAAAUAGAGCAGUUAAUCUUAUUGCGUGUUUUAUAAAUCAAAUUUUUGAUACGCAUAUUUUUGAAAAAAAAUUCAUUUAUCAAUUGCUAAAAUCUGAAAGAUUUUGUUAUAUAAUGUAAUAAAAUGAGGGUCUUACAGUGUAUUGAUUAAAAAGAUUUAAACUUACAGCUAUAUUAUAGUCAAAAUUUUAUACCUUGAUGAAUUUGGGCUAAGAUUGUCUAAUUACGAUAGGCAAUCCCCAUCUUAUUUUUUUUUAAUUGUUAAGCUUAUGUCAAAGUCAAAUAAACUAAAAGGAAGUGCAAAUGAAUUCUUGUCUUUUUUCCAAAAAUGAAUAAAUAUUUUAUUAUCUUUUUCUAUUCCAAAUACUGAAUAGAGAUUGUGUUUUAAGUUGAAUCUAUAUUAGAAGAGUUUUAUAGGUUUCGGGUAAUGGUGGCCAGUUUAUUUGUUGUCUUAGUGUAAUUAAUUUAAACUAAGUUUUUUUUUUCUCUUUCUGCGAUAAAAGUUAAUGAUUCAUUUGUAUUUGAGAGAUAAUAUAUCUUUAUUCAUUCUUUACAAAUUUAGUAAGACUAAAUUUUAUUGCUAUGGCUCAAAGUAUUCAUAAAUCCAAUGAUUUCGUCUAUAAAAACCAAAAAGAAAAAAAAAAGGAAAAUAUAUCUAUAUGUAGAUAAAGGAUAAAGAAAAAAGGAUUUAUAUACUUACCGUGCAUGUGAUAAAAAAAAAAAGAAAAGAAAAACAUGUUGAAAUAUAUAUUUAAAAAAAAUAUUUUAUACUUUGAAAGUUCUUCAAUCUAGCAAUAAAUAUAGUUUACUGUAUGAAAUGGCGAUAAUUACAUGUACAACUUAGAAACUUGGAUUUGCUUGACCUCUCCCUUAAGUUGUAAAAUAACUUUUUGGUCUUGGAAUUUACUUAAAAUAAUUUGUGCAAUCGUUUAUGAUUUAUACUUUUAUAUUUUAUUAUAUUAAAACUUUAUAUUUUUAAUUGAUGCUUAUUGAAUUAUAAUUUUUUAAAUUUAAGCGAUUUCUUUGUAUUCGGGCCUAAUGAGUUGCUACUCAUUUAGUAAAAGUCUGAUGAUAAUAUACCCUUAAUAAAACUCUGUGUGUUAAACCCUAUUUAACUAUGUAGUUUUGAAAAUUGUGAUAAUUAUAGUAGAAUACUUUAUGACUGUGCGCUUUUCAUUAGUCAAUUUUCUGUAGAUUUAAGUAGUUUUGAAAAAUAAUACUACUUUCAAGAUAGAUAAAGCAUUUCGGGGGAAAUAAUUUAAAGAAUAAGACAAUGCCCCUGCGAUAAACUGGGAAGGAAUUUUUUAUUGUGAUAAUAAGUUAUGCCUGUCAGACUCUUAUUUGGUCGUCGAGGAAGAUAGCUAUGAAAUUUGUAACAUUAGCAUUAGAUAUCCUUUGUCAAGUUUCCUAUGCCAGUUAUUGUUUGUAAAGCAUUUUCGAUUUUCAAAAUUUUUUUGUAUCUAGUGAUUUUUUAAAAAUUAUUUAUAUGCAUUGAAGAUAUUGUUUAUAAAAAUAUAAAAUUUAAAGACUAAUAAUGAAAUAAUGUUUUGUUUCCUAAUUUUUGUUUGGUAAAUAUUGUUUAAGUAGGAAUUGGAAAUAUGUGGAUGAAUGUAUGAAUGAGUGAGUGUAUGUGUAUGUGUGUGCAUGUCCGUCCCAUAUUUGAAUUACAUUUAAACUAUUCAAAUAUCUGAAAAAUCAUUAUUAUAUUUAUUUAUUAUUAUUUUUUUUUAUUGUAUCCAUUUACAAUUGAUAGAAUGUGUACUGUUGAAAUUGCAGUUUUAACCUGAAAUAGUUUAUUGUCUUUUUCUGUUUUAAAAUACUUACUGUGUAAUCACUAUUAUUAAGUAAGUAAUAAACCAUGUUACAGAUGAUUUUGUUGUCUAAGUUAUCAAAUAGGAGAAAUAAAAUGUUAUAUUUAUAUCAUUUUUCUUUUUAUUGUUUAAUAAUCUGUCCAUACAACCUAAAUCUAAAAAAGACAACCAAAAUAAUAACAUAAUCAAGAAAGAAGCAUAAGUAAUGAAAUAGUUCUUCGGUUUAUUGCAAAAAGUCAUUAAGUAACAUUUUAAUGAAUUUUAGAUAAACAAAUUUGAAGUUUCUGAUUCUUUAAAAAAAAUACAAAAAUAGCAAUUUGAUUAUGUAUUUUUUGUUAUUUGCAAUUCGAAAUGUGUAUUCUGUUUCUGACAAAUAAUUAAAAUACCUAAUAGAUACGUAACAAUAAAUAAAACUGAACCACGAUCACAUAGUGACUUUAGUUAAACAAAACACUGAGAAAAAAUAAAAUGGUAUAUAUUCGAUUAUUAUUUCACAACAAAUUUAUUGAAAAAAGUAUUCCAUUCCAAAUUUAUUUUUAAAAAUACAAAAUUUGUUUUAAGUGCUAUUAACUUACAAAUAAGGGAAAAGUAAACAUCUUGCAUUUUAAAAAUUUUUAUUGGUUAUUUUUUAAUAGAUAAAUUUAUAUAUAUAUCAGAUUAAAUCACAUAUUUUAAUAUAACCAACUGUCAUUCAAUUUUUUAUAGAAUUUUCGUUUAUACAUAGGUUAGUUUACUAUUUAAAAAUUACUUAUUGUUUUUUUGCGGUUUCUCUACAUUUUUUGGUUGCUCCUUCAAUUGCUUUAAUAAAUGCUGAUCGAACACCAUUUUCUUCAAGAUGAUGCAGUCCUUCACAUAACUCCAGGGUGUGUCUGAGUAUUAAGAACCAUUUUACCGGCACCAACUACAGUCUGAGCAGCCAAUUUAUAAGCCAAGUCCCUUGCCAUUCCCAUUCGAACUGCACCAUCUGAUAGCGCUUCAAUAACUGUGUAAAU